AUGUUCCCAGCGGACGAGAUGAUACCCUCAUGCCAGCUCGUCUGCAUCAGGCUCAGUGCCGUUAGCCACCGGGGCCGCGGCGUUGUUCGCACCGGUAGGUCCCUUGCCUCGAGCUGGCGCUGGCGGCGACGCGAUUUUUUAAUUGCCUCCAGUUUGGCUGCGAUCACUGCUGGGGUGGCAUGGAGACAGACCCGGAUGCUUCUUCCGAAGAAGAGUAGAGGGAACUGGAUCAAGAUUUGCUAG